AUGAAAAGCCCCACCAGCUAUGGUACCUCGAUGAUCAAUCCUGCCCCAGUGAUGAUACCGCAGACCAGGUGCAGUAUGGUGGCACCGACGGUAUCGGGGCUUAAUCUCAACAGUGGAGAAAGGAAUCGAUCAUGGGUCACAGCAGCAGGAUACUUGCGCUGCCCAGUUCGCCCUUAUAUUCCAAAUCCGCUGCGAUGUUUCAAAUGCCAGCGAUUUGGACACUCCCAGACCUCCUGCCGAGGCAAAAGCUUAUGUGCACAGUGUGGAAUUGAAGGUCACGACAGUACUGAAUGUAAAAGUACUCCACACUGUGUGAACUGUAAAGAUGCCCAUCCUUCUUACUCCCGGAAAUGCCCUGCAUGGCAAAGAGAAAAGGAGAUUCAACGGGUGAAAACUGUGAAAAAUGUAUCUUAUCCAGAAGCCCGUCGCAUGGUCACUCCAAGUGCACCAUUGCAGCAAAAGACAUUUGCUGCAGUUUUGAAAUCUACUAAGACAUGUGGGGUUCAAACAGAUAUUUCUGUUUCCCCAAGUGAAUCUCUUACCCGCCAUGCAAAGUGUUUAUUGAUCCCAUCUGCACAAACAGAAGAAAAGGAGAACACAAAGGCCAAAAUUUCUGUAACUAAAACCGGGAUAACAACCAGAAAUAUGGGUUCUAAAAAAGCCAGUAAGAACCCACUUAACAAACAAAGAGUGAAAGCAGCCCUCUCUAAAGUCUCAAAAAAAUCAGAAGCUCAAUCUAUGAGCGAGUUUUCUGACAUAUCUGACGAAGAGCCUAAUAUGGAGGUGACAAAACCAACGUCACCUCCAAAAGAAAAACCCCCUGUUAAAUUAAAGAGGGAUAACCUCGCUAAGAAUGCUGCCUCAAACACAUAA